CAAAGUCCUCUCCGUGAUCUAACUCAUGUCCACAGUGUUGGCCUCACUCUGAACAGUGGAGAGUGGACUCCAGAGGUAGGCUAGGAACACCUCCUGCUGCUCUCCCGCCUUGAGCCCUGUUCCAGACGCUCCCAGCUGGGCCGUGCCCUCCUGUCCCUCUCCCUGGACAGGCGGGACAGGGUGCUGCAGGCUCUGUACUGUUUGUGCAUUGAGGGGUGCGUUCCGACAGAGAAGCUAGAGCCAGCUCUGAAGUCCUGAGUGCCACGGGUGCUGGACGUGGGUGGCCUACGCUCUGGAGUGGGAAGUUGAAUUUGGAGAAAUAAGGGUGGAGACACUAUGCAAAUCGCCAUGCAAAUGAGCAGCAGUGAGUCAUGGCUACUUGGCCUGUUAGGCAGAGCUAAAGCAAAGCACAAGCUUGGGUUUCGAAAAUGGGCCAGGCCAAUGACAGUGACUGGGCCUAACCAAGACCAGGGGCCUUGGAGGCCCCAAAUUCUGGGUCCCAUAGGUGUACCACGAGUUGGACAGGAUCCUGAGAGCUGCAACUGGUACCAGGGCCUCCUGUGCUCUACCUGGCCCUGGCCCCAACAUAGUGGCCCAGAGCCAGCUCUCCUUCAUCUGCUAAGGGGUGACAGUCCAGAAAGCACAUCCUGGGCUGAAGGGGACCUAGACUGGCACUUCUCUUUGGAACUGCAUGGCUGACUUUCUUCCUGAUGGGCACUUCCACGAAGCCCAGGAGCAGAGUAGUGGGGUGGAGGGGCCCUUGGGGAAACCUCACCCUUCUACCCAUCUGUAAUGCUACCGGGGUGAAGCUGGAGGGCCAAUGACUGAUUUGGGCACACAGCAGGAUCUCGGUACGGGCUAGAGAAGCCCAGCCAGACCCUGCAGACUCUUCCUUCACUGCCUAACUGUAUUCACCCCUUUGCUGCCAGGAUGGGUCUCCAGUGGCCUGUAAUGGUUCCCAAGGCUCAGCCGGUGGCUCUAGGAACUUUCCUGUGGGUGGGAGGAGGCCUAGGAGCCUCAAGGCCUCAGCUGCUACAGGAAGGACAGGGAGUGGGACACAGUUGACAGUCCCUCGUGGAGAAAACAGGAUGACACUUUCCCAAGAGGUUUGCCAGACAGGAGAGGUGGGAAGCCAAGGGUGGAGUACGGGAGAAUUGCCCAAUGGACGCUAGGGAAAGGUUUCCAGCCCCACUGGGUGCUCCUCAAGUCAGCUUCUGUCUCUACAGGUCACAAUGCCUGGGACCACCCCUCCCUCGCCCUGCUUUCCUGGACUGCCCCCUAGCCCGCCCUCAGGUCCCCUGUUGGAGGCUGUGCAUAGGUGUUCUGCAGACCAUGAACUGAACGCUAGUCCCAGACAUUCAUGAGCACAGUGUGAGGCUCCUGACCAACACCCAGCAGCCCCUUCCUCUCUGGCACUAAGGACCCCCGGAGAAGAUGGGGAGGAAAAAGAUUCAGAUCCAGCGAAUCACUGAUGAGCGGAACCGCCAGGUGACCUUCACCAAGCGGAAGUUCGGGCUGAUGAAGAAGGCUUACGAACUGAGUGUGCUGUGCGACUGUGAGAUCGCGCUGAUCAUCUUCAACCACUCCAACAAGCUGUUCCAGUACGCCAGCACCGACAUGGACAAGGUGCUGCUCAAGUACACGGAGUACAACGAGCCGCACGAGAGCCGCACCAAUGCUGACAUCAUUGAGACCCUGAGGAAGAAGGGUUUCAACGGCUGUGACAGCCCAGAGCCGGAUGGGGAGGACUCCCUGGAGCAAAGCCCCCUUCUGGAGGACAAGUACCGGCGGGCCAGUGAGGAGCUGGACGGGCUCUUCCGGCGCUAUGGGUCAUCUGUUCCGGCCCCCAACUUUGCCAUGCCUGUCACAGUGCCCGUGUCCAGCCAGAGCUCCAUGCAGUUCAGCAAUCCUAGCGGCUCUCUGGUCACUCCUUCCCUGGUGACGUCGUCCCUUACGGACCCCCGGCUCCUGUCCCCCCAGCAGCCAGCACUGCAGAGAAACAGCGUCUCUCCGGGCCUGCCUCAGCGACCUGCUAGUGCAGGAGCCAUGCUGGGUGGAGACCUCAACAGUGCUAAUGGAGCCUGCCCCAGUCCCGUUGGGAAUGGCUACGUCAGUGCCCGCGCUUCCCCUGGCCUCCUCCCUGUGGCCAAUGGCAACAGCCUAAACAAAGUCAUCCCUGCCAAGUCUCCACCCCCACCCACCCACAACACCCAGCUUGGAGCCCCCAGCCGCAAGCCUGAUCUGCGGGUCAUCACUUCCCAGGGAGGCAAAGGGUUAAUGCAUCAUUUGACUGAGGACCAUUUAGAUUUGAACAAUGCCCAGCGCCUUGGGGUCUCCCAGUCUACCCACUCGCUCACCACCCCAGUGGUUUCCGUGGCAACACCAAGUUUACUCAGCCAGGGCCUCCCCUUCUCCUCCAUGCCCACUGCCUACAAUACAGAUUACCAGCUGCCCAGUGCAGAGCUAUCCUCCUUACCAGCCUUCAGCUCACCUGCGGGGCUGGCACUAGGCAAUGUCACCGCCUGGCAACAGCCCCAGCAGCCCCAGCAGCCACAACAGCCACAGCCGCCACAGUCACAGCCACAGCCACAGCCGCCACAGCCACAGCAGCCACCUCAGCAACAGCCCCACUUGGUCCCCGUGUCUCUCAGCAACCUCAUCCCAGGCAGCCCCUUGCCCCAUGUGGGUGCUGCUCUCACCGUCACCACGCACCCCCACAUCAGCAUCAAGUCAGAACCAGUGUCCCCGAGCCGCGAGCGCAGCCCUGCACCUCCUCCGCCAGCUGUGUUUCCAGCUGCCCGCCCUGAGCCUGGCGAAGGUCUCAGCAGCCCAGCUGGAGGACCCUAUGAGACCGGGGACCGGGAUGAUGGACGGGGGGACUUUGGGCCCACACUGGGCCUGCUGCGCCCAGCCCCAGAGCCUGAGGCUGACGGCUCAGCUGUGAAGAGGAUGCGGCUGGAUACUUGGACAUUAAAGUGACGGUUCCCACUCCCUCCUCUCAGCCUCCCUGAUGAAGAGUUGACAAUCUCACCGCCCACCCCUCCCUGCCCUGGGCUCCUCCCGCUCGACCCCCCACUUCCUUUCUUCUGCUCCAUGUCCUGUUGAUGGUUACAUUUGUGUAUAAUUAUAUUAUUAUUAUUAUUAUUAUUAUUAUUAUUAUAUUUUUAAAUUCGAAUUCUCGCUUUAGAGAGAGGGUUGCUCUUGCCCCUUUCUUGGCCCCACCAUUUUCACUGGUGGGGAACUCUCUUUAUUGCGGGAAAGGGGGGGGGACACUUUGCACGUUGUACACAUAUGCUGCAGGAAGGGGGGGCGGUAGGCCUUGGAGAAGGACAGGUGCCGAGCCCUGCAUGUGGAGCCCUCCCAUCCCAUUCCCAGAUAGACAUAAAGAACCAAAAACUAUCCAACAACAAAAACCCGGACAGUGGACUGAGACCCUGGAGCUGGCUGGAUGGGUUUGCGUCUCAGGGACAGGAAGAGGCAGAAACUCUGCUUCUGGGCUGUUCACAGCAAAUACCCAUCUCGGUCCCUCCAGCUUCCUGCAGACACGCUACACUCUCUGAUUCUGUGUGCUGCACCCCAAGAUCUGGGUGCUAGGAAGGCUGCCUGGGAAUCUGAGGCCAGGGCGGGGGCUUGAGGUAGGAACCUCUCUGGAAGUGACAUGAGAGAGAUAGCUGUAGAAAGAGGGCGGAUGCAGGCAGGACUGUGUGGUGACUCGGGACCCUACCCCUGGCUUCCCCUUUAAGAUGUACAGUGCAAUAGCUCCCCACCCCUCAGCCUACCCCAACCCCAGAAAGCUGGCCAUGUACUGGAAGAGUUGGGGAGAGGACCUUCAGAAGUGGCCCCAGGGUGGGCCAGAGUCAGCCUUUGGUUCCCUGGGGCACUGAGGGCCGGAGGCCGGUCAGGGGCGGGCAUGGGGAGGGCACCUCUGCUUUGUGUACCCAUACCCAGAAAAGUGCACACUGGGCACACAGCAUGGUCUGUGGAGCUAGAGGUCCCGAUAGAUGAGGCCCCUGCGGCCCCUCCCCAGUCAGCUCCUGCCCCUGACCACCUCCCAGCUCUUCGCGUGCUCCUUGUCUCGCUACCUCCUGUCCCUCCACCUCCAGGCCACGCCCCAAACCUGCCCUCUUGCUACUGUAAUUGUAAAUAGCGACCUUCCAAAAUGUUAGUGGUUAACAGUCCAGGAAACUGUUGUGUUGUUGUUGUUGUUGUUGUAUUGAUAUGAAAUGAGAUUCUAUUUUUGUCAAAGUAUAUUGUAAUAAUAAUGACUCAAAUGGCCCGUACUGUACAGAUGGGAUUCUUCUGCUCUUCUUCUUGCCUUCCUCUCCAGACCUGUGCUUUGUCGCCUCCUCAGGGGCCUCAGGCAAGCACCGGGGCAGUGCAAGCAUCGGGCCCUUGGGCCUCUUGCUGAAUCUGAGAUCAAACUGGAGGGAACAGAACACCCCCGGCCUGCUCUCCGGCCUGCUCUCUGUCACCACCCUCCCUCUGCCUCCUCCCCCAGGAAGGGGACGGAGACAGCACACACUCCCUUGGAGCUUCCUCCCAGUUGGAGGGUAGAGUAAGACAAGGCUCAGUGCUGUAGGAAGAUGUCUUGGCCCACCUGUGACCCAGCCUUUCCAAGUAUUUUGAUGCUUGCUGCAGGGAAGGAGCCAGCAGCAGAGGGUGUGAGCAUGCUCAUGCGGGCGGAUCUGGGUGCACCCUGAGUUUAUGUGUUUGUGUGCAGCUGUGUGGGUGUACCUUUGAGUGCCUCUGAGUCCAGUGGGUGUGUUCUCAGAUCUUGUGUGACUCAGGCUCCAAGGGCCUCUGUGUCUGGGUGGCUGGGUGUGUUCACACAGGGAUAGGUAGCUUCCAGCCGUGGCUCUCACUCCUCGCUUCCCUGGGCUGCUCUCAGUCCUGAAACAUUUGUACUAAAGUUAUAGGGAGUUGCUAGUUGGCCAUCCUGCUUCUCCCCACAGCCUACCUCCACCAGGGCCUCACUCUAGGAGCUCUGCCUCCAUAUGGCUGUCCACUAGUCCCACCCAGACCAGUUCUGGCCCUGGAGUUCUGACUUGUUUGUGGAGCAGACUCAAGUUCCUCUUCCUCCUGGGAGCUUUGCUUUCCAUAUUUACCCGGAGUCUUACUCCAGUAGCUGACCAGGCAAGGGUGUCACGUACAUGCCUUGUCUUCCCACCCCUCCUCACAGUUCCUAGAGGGAGUCUGAAGACUUGUUUAAGGCCUUGAAAGAAGCCAGGGUGUAGUCCUGUGCGCAUACACCCCCUUUGAAAGCAGCUGGCACAUUGUAGGCCCUCAGUAAAUGGUGAGUGGGUGAAUGAUAGGUGCUCAAUAAAUAUGGAAUCACUGGCCUCUUCUCAGGCCCACCUUUCUAGGCUGAGCUUGGCCGCCAUGACACACAGCUGGGGUGAGGCCCCCGAAGUUCACAGUGUGCCACUCAGCAGUUUGCCAUCUGCUUCCCGAAAGCAAGCCUGGCUUCUGAUUGCCGUGUGUGUGUGUGUGUGUGUGUGUGUGUGUGUGUGUGUGUGUGUGUGUGUGUUCUCAUCUCUGUCCCUAACAGUAGGGACAGUCUGUGAAUGAGUAUGUGGCGUUUCUGCAGUUCAGUAUCUCCGGGUUUCUCCUGGGGCUAUGUAGGGGCUUCUGGCUGGCCAGGUAAAUGGAUCCCUGGGAACCCAGACCUCAGAUGAGGACUUCUCUUCUUCCUCUCACAAGCCAAAUUUGCCUCCUUUCCACUCCCUCCGCAAAACUGGGUAUUUGCCAAAGUAGCCUCUGGCGUCAUCCAGUGCCCUUCCCACCCAGGUUUCCCUCAGCUUUCAGGGAUAGUGGGACCGAGGGCCAUCCCCACAUGCCUCAGUGGAACACAUUCCCUCAGCCCCCGUCAGUGCACUCAACCACCCCUCCCCACCUUGGACAGGAAAGAAGAAAGAUGCACCUUCUCUUGCUGAUUAUUUAUUUGUUUGGAGAGACAGAAAUGAUGUAAACGUAUCUCAGAAUCUCUCUCUCUCUCUCUAUUUUUAACCGACUCUGGAACCCCCUGUGGGGGAAUGUAGCUCUCCUGGAGGCUGGGCGCCCCUUGCUCUACCCCCUUCCGCCUCCUGCUUUAGCAGAGGGAUGGGACGUAAUGGGGCAGGAGGGCCAAGAUUCCCAAGGAGGAUCUGAAUUCUCUACCCCGUUCACGUCCCGGACAGAGGGAAGUAGGAGGGGUGGGGCCAGCCAAGAGGUGGCCCAUCCCCAAACUUGACAAUCACCCACACUCCUGGCUCCUGGGUCUUGGGGCAGGGUGAGUCCAAGUGUGUGGCUGUUGAAUUGUUUCCAUUAUUUCUGUGCUGUACGGUGAUGCUUUCUAGUAUUCUGCACAUUAAGAAGAGACAAAGUCCUCGAGAUUCUUACGAGUUUGGUUUGAAAAGUCUUUCACUAUAUUUGUUGUAAAGAGGUUUACUAUUAAAAGAAAAAGGAACACGUUUCUGAUACCUCA